CUCUCUCUCUCUCUCAUACAAACAAAUAACUGAAACCUAUGUGUUUAGUCCCUUAUAUAACCUAUAUACAAAAGUUUAGUUCAAUCGCUUCACAAACACCAGAGUUACAGUCAAGAACAGUUAGUUAUGAUUGCAACUCUCGACGCUUUGAGAACACGAUUAAGAGAUUUCAAGUUAAGGAAAGUACAUGCCAGGAACACAUGUAACCCACAUAUCGGUUCAUAAACAUAAGAAAUAUUGCUGAGUUGCUGAAAAUUGUACAUAGCUCGUUGCACUUUAAGCUUUCAUUCUAGAAUUCUCAUUUAUAGGGAGGCAUGUCAGUUGUCAUUUGUAAUUUAGAUACACAAUUUCAGCAAAAUAGGUUGACAAACAGAUAUGAGUGGGGACGGACAGACAAACAGACCUAGUGAAACCUAUGUACCCCCAUAUAAGACUGGGUUCAAUGAAAUAUAUAUGUGUAAUAUAUCCUUAAAAAACACGUCAAUAAAAUAUUGGUGGGGGACGAUCUAGGACGGGUGAUGAUUUGAGGUGUAAUAUAGUACCUAAUGAUGGUGCAAUGUUUUCCGAAAUCUUCGUCCUGUUGACGAUUUUGGAUGGCGGGCGACGGUUUGGGGUAAAAUGUCAUCCCAUAUUGUUGCCGCCGAUUUGGGAUAGGGCAACAUUUGCGGGUGUAACAGGAUCAAUCGUCUUAUCUUGCAAUUCUGAAUAAUAAAACUUCCAGAUACUUUCCGAUUAAUACCGCUUGCUUACACCACGUAAUGUGCUUGCUUUUGCAAAUCAUUACUUAAGCGCGGAACCAUUUCUUCACUUGUAAGUGCAUUUGUCAUCAACAAAUGGGAUUUUCGAUGAUGGUUUUUACCUAAUUUAUACCUAGUUAUUGCUUUGCAAACAGCGUUUGAAAAAUUUUGUGUAAUGUUACUCACAGCGUGUAAGCAGUUAAAGCGAGUAACACUUGUAGUUGAUCUUAAACAUGAGGCCGAUGCAUGGUAUGGAAUUUCGAAAUAAGUUUGAAAACUAAAUCUUUGAUCUUUCAUACUCAGAACAAAAUAGGGAUUGCGUUUUUUUGAAAGUCCGUCAAAAUGCAUAUAGAAAAAAAAUCAAUUUUAUUUUUCUGUAGAAAAGCAAGGCCUUGUAUUAAUUCAUCUUCCCGAUUAAAGAGUUCGAUCCACUCCGCUCCAUAUAAAUAUAGGUAGUGAUUUUCAAAUACGAGACCUUUACUGGUGAAAUUUUGAAAAACGUUUUCAAUGAAAGACAUAUGUAACAAAAUACGUGGAUUUGAUUAUAUCACAUUUUAUGAUAGUAAUUAAGGAAUUGACUUUCUACAAAAUUCACAAAAUCAUUCAGAGAUUUUUAACUUCUCAUUUCAAUUAAAACACAAAACCAAUAUGAAAAGUAUGAUGUAGAAUUUAACCAGUGAUAAUACAUCACUCAGAAAUUAAAUGUUCUAACUGGUGUUGUUAUUCCAAAUGUCUUGCACAUUUUACAGACGAUUUCUUUCGUUACAAGUACUCUGAGCAUAGUUGGUAUACCUUUAAAGAGGUACAUAUUUCAAGGUUUUAAAAUGUGUGGCUUACUACCAAGACACAAAAAAUAAAUGGCAAAUCUUAUUUCUCGAAUGUCCGUUUCUUUGUUCAGAAGACAUUCAAUACUUUAUGAUUAUAUUUAAACGAACAUGUCAACAAUAUUAAGUGAGAAGUCAGUGGCCUUUAUUCCAUCCUUUAUCAUAUUAUACAGUAUAUGCAUCACAAAAUUGUAGAAAAAUUAAUUAUCUGUAUUUUUGCGUUCCUCAUGAGUCCAUAUUCCAACAGAUGUCGAAAUUAUCUGAAUAGUUCACUCUGGUUAUUGAUAUCGUCUUUGCCACACCGCGUUAUAUUCUUGCUUUUUAUAAAACUAACUCGCUGCUGUAUUGGACCUGCCUAUUUUACUGACGAUAUGACUGUGCACCGAUACAUACCUUUACAAUUAGAAGUCUGUACUCUGAAACGAUAAUAAAAUACCCAUCUGGGACAAGACGUCGAAUACUAAUUCAUGGGUUAGUGAAAACUUCUUACAGGCAUUUUAAAUGUUAUACUUUAUUCCGGUGUGUUAUGGAAGCAUACCUAUUGUUUAUCAUUUCGUUUAUUGACGACACUUUAUACAUAAAUCUGGAGUCGGUCGGGUAUUCCCAUGACUCAUAAAAAGGAUCCCCAGAUAUCUACUUAUGCAUGCAUAUAUAUCUAUAAACGUACACAUUAUAUAUCUAUGCAUACUUCAUAUCAAAAGCAACCUGCGAACAAUGUACGCUUGAUUAUCUGUAAAAGGAAACAUCCCAAUAUCACUCUUGCUUGUGCGUUUAGAAGGUUCGGAACAUUAAUGAAUAUGACUUUGCUAUAUUUCAAAGUGAUAAUCGCUGCCAGUGCAUGUCUUUUAGAUAUUAAGAUACUGGUCAUAGGAGAGGGAUGCACAACAUUUCAAUCAACGGCGAAGAUUGUCCAAGCUUGCCCUAAAACAGCUGCAGAGUGGGCGACUGCGGCAUCAAAGAAAGGUUGUCAUAACAUAAAAAACAGCUGCGGGUCAUUUGAGUACCACUGUGUGAUGAAUGUCUGGCAAAAUGAGACAAUAGAAGUGUGUUCUAAAGUCAUAAAUAUUGUAGGAAACGUCUGUACAGAAUACAGUUUUGGUGGACGUAGAAUCCAACGCAAUAGGGAUAAAAAGUGCGCUACAUGUCCAGCUGUUUAUAAAUCAAAUGAGAGUUACAAAUAUUCAGAAUGUUAUAACCAAGCCCAUCAACGUCGAAAGACAACGAGACCUAAUAUCAGCACGUCCUCUAGCGUAUAUACGAUAAACGAGGUUAUAAUCUUAACAUCGUCACCAGUGUAUGUCCAUAUCCAGGCAGGGCUGACGUCAGAGUCACAGAUUGCCCCUAAUAUUAACCAUACGAACGUAGAAAAUCAAAAGCUGGAAUCAUCCCCCAGAAAUACGGUUCUACUUGGUGUGGGCAUAUCCGGGGCUAUAACAGUUAUCAUCAUUUGCCUGAUAUUAGUUGCAUACAGAUUUUGCAAAGAUAAAGAAUAUUGUUCCUUGAAAGGUAUUUUUUCAUCCCUGUUCAAAACAAAGUACGAAUCUCAGACACUGCGGAAGACAGACAUCGAUGUUGAAGAUAAUGAAGGGAAACUUGAAGACGAGAGGUUCACGGAAGAAUAUCCAUUGGCAGUAGACAUAGUCUGAACGAUAUAGUAAAGAGUGUGUAAGUUGAGUGAAUAAUAGAAUAUCAAAAUAAACUGAUUAAUGGCAGCUUAAGAUCGACUAAUUAAUGGCAGUUAAACCUGACUGACUAAUGGCAGAUAACGAUUGACUGACAAAUGGGGGGUUGAAAUUGACAACAAAAGAUAAAUUUGCAGACUAUGCACCAUAUCAAAAAGUUUUGGAUUGACUGAUUGAUGACAAAUAGGGAUUGACUAACUGAUGUUAGAUAGGUUUAGUGAAUGAUGUUACAGAUUGAGUGAUGUUAGAUAAAAAAUGACUGAGUGAUGUUAGAGAUUUACUGAGUGAUUUUUGAAAGAUAUUGACUGAGUUAUGUUCGAUAUUGACUUAGUAAUGUUAGAGAUUGACUGGGUGAUGUUAGGUAGACAUUGAUCGAGUGUUGUUAAAGAUUGACCGAGUGAUGUUUGAGAUUGACCGAAUGCUGUUAGAGAUUAACUGAGUGAUGUUAGAGAUUGACCGAAUGAUGGUAGAGAUUGACUGAGUGAUGUUAGAGAUUGACUGAGUGAUGUUAGAUAUUGACUGGGUAAUGUUAGAGACUGAGUAAGUAAUGUUAGAGAUUGACUGAGUGAUGUUAGGGAUUGACUGGGUGAUUUUAGAUAUUGACUGAGUAGUAUUAGAGGUUGAAUGAGUGAUGUUAGAAUUUGAUUGAGUGAUGUUCGAAAUUGACCGAAUGAUGUUAUAGAUUAACUGAGUGAUGUUAGAGAUUGACUGAGUGAUGUUAGCAAUUGACUGAGUGAUGUUAGAAAUUGAGUGAUGUUAGAGCUUGACUGAGUGAUGUUAGAGCUUGACUGAGUGAUGUUAGAGAUUGACUGAGUGAUGUUAGAGAUUGACUGAAUGAUAUUAGAGAUUGACUGAAUGAUGUUAGAGAUUGACUGAGUGAGGUUAGAGAUUGACUGAGUGAUGUUAAAUAGAGAUUUUAAUGACUGAUGUUCGAAGAAUGUUUGACUAAGGGAUAGUAUAUUAAUGAUAGAUAAAAAAUGUUGACUGGUGGCAGCAAUAUUUCAUGUCUUUGCAUUUUUACCAUUUACCUGUUUUUAACUAUCCAUUUUGUUACCACCUGUUUAUUUGUUCUUUAACGUGGAAAGAUGUACCAGUGCCAUAUUUUGUUAAAAUAAAUGAACUGGAAAUUGAAA